AUGGCGGGGGCCAGCCCGAAGAACCGGCCGGUCAUUACGUACGGCCAGCGGGAGAGCCAUGGACGGUGGGAGGGAGCGGAAGAAGAGGAGGGAGAACCUCUCGGCGUGGUCGGUGCGCACGGCGAGCUGCGAGAAGCCAGCGCGCGAGACGUCGAUACCAGCUCGCACCAGCGUCCAGUAACAUGCCUUCCCCGUGCUGUGGCGAAUGCAAGGGUGAGUCUGCGUUGGUUUCCUGAAGCUGCAUGUUUCUUGCGCCCUGCGGUGCUUGUUUCUGAAUUCAUUCCAACGGUUAGAGGUGCUGAGCUCGGUCCUCAAUACACGCUCCCGCCGCGCCGUGAGAGUAAAAGUUCAUGGAACAACGUGUUUCCAAAAUUAUCUUUACGAGGCCUUCACAACUUAAUGAGUACUUCUGUGUUCCAGACAAGUGCGCCGAGGGUGAGAAGUGCGGCGCCGAAUGCAAGUGCCCUGAUGACUGCUCCUGCAGGGCAGGCGCGGCAGCGGACGCUGCCGGUGACGCCCCAGUCGCAUGCAAAUGCAAGGAAGGAGAGCCCUGUGGAUGUCCUGAGGCCACUUGCGUGUGCAAGUAGACCUGAAGAUGAGCUUUCUAUGGCAUCCAGCAACUAAAUACUAAUUAAUUUUCUUUGUACAAUUAUUAUAAUUAUUUCUCCAUUAUUCAUGAUGGUUCUGAAGACUGAGUUGAAUGAAUGACUGAAUGCAACAGAUGCAAUGCUGUGUGCAUUUAAAUCUCCUGUGUGCUGAUUACAGUGUAGCAUUACGUCAAUGGUAGACAACAUACUACUAUAUAUGAAUGUAUGAUGUAAAUGUAAACAAUAAACUGUUUACUACAAUGUUGGAGUCAUUUCAUAAAAAUAACUUUUUAGUAUACAGCUAUGCAAACACAAUAAAAAUACAACUGGAAUAUUCUUUGUAGAUUUAUUUCUAUAACAUUCUUUGACAAAAUC